GCUCCAGUCACCGCUGCACUGGGACAGGAUAGAGCAGUCUCCCUGUGAACACCGGGCGGGUUUGGCUGAGAGCAGACAGACGGUCACACUACAGACUGCCGCCGCCAGAGUCAAGAUGCUGUGUUCUUGAGACAACAGAAUGAUUUAUUAGAUUACUUCUUUUGGCACCGCAGACCAGGUGAAAGUGCAGAGAAGAUGGCAAGCCCUUUUGUACCUGUUCCUUUACCAAUGGGGAAUUCGUCUUCAAGCAGCAUAGUAAAUAGGAAGCAACGGAGGUGUUCCCUUGGUAGCAACUCUACUAGUUCAAACUCGUCCAAGGAGCCACCUGAAGAACCCAAGCCUACAAGUUACAAGAAGCUAAGUGUGCCUGAUCAAGCAAGUUGCUCAUCUUCUGUGUGCAGCAGCCCUCUAAUAAGGACUAAAUUUGACUCUUCAGUAGAAUAUAGUGCACGGCCAGCAACGGAUGGUCCUACUUCUGAUGUACUGGAGCUGGAUGAUAGACCCUCUACACCAACCAUACUAGGAUAUGAAGUGAUGGAAGAGAGGGCAAAGUUUACGGUUUACAAGGUCCUUGUUAAAAAAAGCCCAGAGGAGAGUUGGGUUGUGUUCAGAAGGUAUACAGAUUUUUCAAGGCUUAAUGAUAAGCUUAAAGAGAUGUUUCCAGGCUUCAGACUUGCUCUGCCUCCCAAGCGGUGGUUUAAGGAUAAUUAUAACUACGACUUCCUGGAAGAUAGACAGUUGGGUCUGCAAGCGUUCCUACAGAACCUAGUGGCUCACAAGGACAUUGCACACUGUGCUCCGGUGAGACUAUUUCUUUGUUUGGAUGAGCCCCCUGGACCUUUUGAUAGUUUGGAAGAGAGCAGAGCAUUUUGUGAAACUCUGGAAGAAACAAAUUACAGGCUACAAAGAGAUCUCUUAGACAAACAGAAUGAGUUGGAUGAGCUUAAGAAGCUACUAAAUGAGAAGAACCUACACAUCCAAGCAUUAGAAUCUCGGAUACAGGAAAUGUCUGGAGGGCAAAGCAGCACACGCAGGCUUUCUGGUGAGGAGAGCGAGUGUAGUGGAGAAGUGGAAUCAUCCGCCAUAGAAGCAGACCAGACUGCGUUAACAGACAACUGCUCUUCUAAGGACAGCCAUGAAAAUUGUUGGGUUGAGACUCUACAUGGUGAACUUAUCCCAGAGAUUGAAGUAGCAGAGGUAGCAGAUCCUGAUGAAGAUGUCUGAUUGACCUGUACAGUGCCUAGACUCAUGUUAACGUUCUGCGAGUCUCCGAAAUUGUUGCCAUGCACUAGAGACUUCACACGAACUCUCACUUAUGCAAAUACAGGAAGUUUACAUGUUAAAAAAAUUACAAAAUGAACCCCGCCCUUUGCUGCUUUAGGAUAAUUUUGUUGGAAAUCAAAUAUUAAAUCUGGGUGUAGGAGUCACUGAUGCCAAUUGAAAUCACCAAGUAAGGUCUUUAAAUGAGUGGUGUAAAUGAUAAAGUAUACAUGUUUAAAGCCUAUUCGAUUCCAUCUAAAUGGAAUUAUUUCAUGCACUUUUGACAAAGAAUUUCUAUGAAUGACAUUGUUGCCACCAGAGAAUACAUCAUGUUGCCAAGACAGUGGUUCUCUCUUUUAUACACAGAAUUGCAUGUUACAUGCUAAAGUCUGUGCCAGUCUACUACUAGCAUCUGUUAAGAUCAUUCUAACAUAUUCAAAACUACAUGACACUCUGUGGCUAGACGUGUGUCCACAAGUGUUACAACUGUUUUGCAAUUUUUAAUUGGGCAACUGUGCUUUUUUUUUUUUGAACUCUACAUUUCUUUGGAAUAUUUAGGGAAUCUCUUAAUAUCCUCCAAACAGAAUUAGUUAUACCAAUAUACUGUCUGCAGCAGCCAUAGUUAAGCUGGUGUUCUCUGAGUAAGCAAGGUUAGCAGUCAACCACCUCCUGCCAUCCGGACUGAAUCAAAGCUCAGUCUGGAUUGUGUAUACCUCUCAUUAAUUCAUGUUUUUAGAAAUCGUUAUGUAUAUGCAUUUUCCAAUAUUUUAAUGAAUUAAUGUAAGGCGACUAGACGUACCAAAUUACAGAGUAUUUAUAAAUGAAGUGUAUGGAAAUCUGUAUUUGUUAUUCUUUUUAUAUGAAGCAAGAAAACAGACAAUUAUAUGUGUGUAAAAAAAAUUAAAUAUAUAUAUAAUAUAUUGUAUACAGAAUGUAAGUCACAAAUGCAAAUAUUUGCAAUAACAAAUGUAGGCUAAUUUUUGUGUGUGCUGGGAUAUAUCAUUUCAUACAGCUAGGUGGCUUACCAUUUUGAGAAAAGAAACACGUAUAACUGAUUAUUUUCCCCCCUCCUUUGUAUUCUUCAUAAGAACCGUAGUAAUAUGCUUUACCAUACUUAGCAGGUCUUUUAUGGUGCAAGAGCAGUUCAUUUAGGGGGAGGGGGGGUUUAUUAUAGGAAGCUUUUGAUGAUGUUGUAUAGGCAAUAGUCUGGGUGCUCUCCUCUGAGUGAAUGCAAGAGUGGUACAGCAUACAUGUUUUUAAAAUACUCUUUGGGUGAAGAAAAGUUUGUUUAUUCAGGGUUCCUCCUACCAGAGUCUUCGAAAUCUAAAGGGGUACUUAGUAAAUCUGUCAAAAUGAUGGAACCCCUAACGGCUCUACAUUUGCUCAUGUAAAACGUCUGCAGUGUUAAGGAUUAAUAGGAGAGCUGUGUAUAUAACAACUUCUGACGAUGCACUUUUAGGGGUUAAUAUAUAUAUAUAUUUUUUUUUUUAAAUGGUGGCAACAAAAUGUGUAUAUCAAUAUCUGUAGUAGUUUCAAACAACUUAUUCCAAUUAAUAAACACAAUUCCUGACAGGUAUUUCAAUACAUUACCUUUCAGCAGUUGCACCUACUUGUCUAGUUAACAUUUCUGACAGUUCGGCUGGAUCACCUUUUUUGGGAGUAUUUGUUUAACUCAUAGCUGGAUCUUAUCAAUAAUGUCAUAAACCCCGGUGUAACUGAUUUCUGUUAGAGUGCCUAACCAUCUGUGUUAUUUUGGCUUUUGUUUAUUUUUUUUUUACUUUUUAUUAAAGGGAUUAUAAAACCUUAAA